GGACAUCCUUCGGAAUCCAGGCGACUCGCAAAUCCAGAAUCUGAAGGGAUGUUUUGGAACACGACACCAAUCUGUUGGUAAAUCAAUUGGAAAUUAUUAUUAUAGGCUAGCCAUCUGUGCUAAGAAGGUGGUGAAAACUCGGGGAGUCAAAUGAGUGAUUACUCUAAUCUCCGUCUGUGGUGGAAGACAUACAACUGAGUUUCUGAGUAGGUAUAAUAGGCUGAAAACGAUAAGAGAACAAAUUUCCUUCCACCAAUAGAGGUUUAUGCGUUUGCUGUCCAAAAUAAUAUGCGAUAUAUGGUACAUGUGGUACGCAUAAAAAAUGUUUUACUCAGGGAUUUACACGUCUAAGUCAAGAGAAUUCAUCUUUACGUGACCACAUAAUGGAGGUCAAUGGAAAAUCCAAAUAUUACAUAACAGACGAUCCUAGCCAAGUUGAUUUUAAAAGAUCGCAGAAUGACUUUAAUCGACCAUGGUGGAAUAGAAAGAGAACACCACUUGAGAUUAUCCUAAUCUUUAUAUGUCUCAUCUGCAUAGUUGUCACAACCAUCCUCAUCGUCAUAGAAACCACAAGAGAAAGCGAUACAUCAAAUCAUCAAAAACAGGAUGCGUCUGCGAACGGAAUUUGUUUGACAGAGGAAUGCGUGAAGGCGUCUGCUCGUCUUUUGAGGGGAAUGAGACAGGAUAUUGAUCCUUGUGAUGAUUUCUUUGAAUAUGCUUGUGGAUCGUGGAAUAAAAUUAACGUCAUCCCCGAAGAUAGGUCGGGUUACAACACAUUCGCCAAAUUACGUGACGACUUACAAGUUAUUCUAAAAGAUUUACUUGAGCAACCAGUAUCAAAGAUGGAGCCCGAGGCCACCCAGAAAGCUAAGCACCUCUACAGAUCGUGUGUUAACGAAUCAAUGAUAGACGAACGAGGACUUGUUCCUGUAAAGAAGUUCUUAGAGGAACUAGGCGGUUGGCCAGUGACCUAUUCGCAAGGCCAACAGUGGGAUGAAUCCAAGUUCAACUUUAUCCAGCUAUUAGUGAAGCUGAAACUUUACAAUAACAAAAUAUUUGUUGAUCAGUGGGUGAGCGCAGAUGAUAAGAACUCCGAUGUUAACAUUAUACAGUUAGACCAACCGGAACUCGGAAUGCCGUCACGUGAUUAUUAUUUGCGUGGUGUUGAAGAUGAGGAUGUUCAAAUUUACGAAAAAUUCGCAGUGGAUGUUGCAAUGAUGUUUGGGGCAAAUGAGACUCAAGCAAGGAAGGACAUGAGAGAGAUGGUGGAGUUAGAGACAGAAUUAGCCAAUAUAACCACACCCCAAGAACAACGACGGGACGGGGAAGAAUUAUACAACAGAAUGACGGUUAAACAACUUCAUGAGAAAAUCCCUGGGUUUGAUUGGCUGGGAUACCUCAAACUGAUUUUUGACAAGGCAAAUAUCAGUAUUCCCGAGACAGAAGAGAUCGUGGUAUAUGCCCCGGAGUAUCUGAGUAAUAUGGUGAAAAUUAUCCAGAACGCGAAUAAUAGGCUUAUGGCAAACUACAUGAUAUGGCGGAUUAUGAUGAAUCGGGUGACAAAUUUACCUCAGAAGUACAGGAGUGUUCGAACAGAAUACUACAAGAAAAUAUACGGAUCGGACACGGAGAGAUCGCGAUGGAGAGACUGUAUCAGUUAUGUGAACGACAACAUGGGAAACGCUGUAGGUCGAUUGUUCGUUAAGGAUCACUUCGACGCAGGAGCGAAGGAAGUGGCGCUGAAUAUGAUACACGAUAUCAGGUCUGCAUUUUAUGACCUGUUGGAAGAGGUUCCAUGGCUAGAUCAGAAAACUAGAACGGUAGCAAAAGAAAAGGCAGAUGCUAUGGCAGAGAAAAUAGGAUACCCGCCAUUUAUUUUAAAUGACACGGCAUUAGAUGAAAGCUACAAUGCAGUCACUUUCUCGUCGGACACUUAUUUUGAGAAUGUUUUGAAUAACAUUCGUUCGAUUGCUUGGAGCAACGCUAAUAAACUCCGGGAAGCUGUCGAUAAGAACAAAUGGUCGACCACGCCGGUAGUAGUGAAUGCAUUUUACAGCUCAACAAAAAAUCAAAUAAUGUUUCCUGCAGGUAUUCUGCAACCUCCAUUUUACAGCAAGGGUUAUCCGAGAUCUCUAAACUAUGGUGGCAUCGGUAUGGUGAUAGGACAUGAAAUCACACACGGUUUCGAUGAUAGAGGUCGACAAUUUGACAAAUCUGGAAAUCUUAAGCAAUGGUGGGAUGAUGACGUCAUAGCGAAAUUCAAGGAGAAGGCUCAGUGUAUCGUAGAGCAGUAUGGCAACUACACAGUUCCUGAAGUGGGAGUCAGUUUAAACGGAGUUCAAACCCAGGGAGAAAACAUUGCUGACAAUGGUGGAUUAAAAGAGGCUUAUAGGGCUUAUGAGAAAUGGAUAAAUAAACAAGAACGCGAACCGGACAGAUUACCCGGCCUGUCCCAUAUGAGCAACAAACAGCUGUUCUUCUUAAAUUUUGCUCAGGUAUGGUGUGGAACCAUGAGGCCUGAGGCUGUCGUAAACAGAAUCCGAACAACCCUCCACAGUCCGGGAAAGUUCAGGGUCAUUGGAACACUACAAAAUAUGCCUGAAUUCGCAGAGGUUUUUGGGUGUCCUGCACACUCGUACAUGAAUCCGGUUAAGAAAUGUCGAAUUUGGUGAUUCUGGCUACUAUGUGUAGCAAAGUUGUUCCUGUUAUAUAGAUGUAAAAUCUUAUUAACAUUAUGACUGUUUACAGAGGGUCGUGUAAUUUAUAUGAAAAUCAAAGACUUUUGAUAUGGAAAGACGGACAAAUAUAUAAUCAACAAAAGUUCUUAUCAGUUAUCAGUACAUUUUUAUUACAUUUGUACUUAUCAGUUAUCAGUACAUUUUUAUUACUGUAACAUUUGUACCUAUAAAAAUACCUCGGACUGCAAACAGUUCUAGGAAUUACAUGUAAUGUAACUACGGGUAAUAAAAAUAAACUUUUAUUGCUUAUAUACAAUUGAUAGGCCAGUAAAGCCUUAAAAUUAAAAUUCACAAACUCAUAAUGGUAUACCGUCUGACUACCUCUCAAGCAUUACUAACUGCAAAACAACAGUUUUUCGUCGAAAAAUGACCCCGAGUCACUUGUUGUGUUAGCCAUUGCCAAAGUAGUACAUAUAUCUUUGGAGCUAGUAGAUUUCGUGUUUUAGUAAGUCUUAAAUGUGUAUCAAUAAAUCUAAGUCUGGCAAUUUUUAUCACAAUUGUACAUGUAAAUAACUCUGCUAUGUAUUGACUUUGCGAUGAUGCUUUAUGAUAUUGAUUUAUGACAGUCGACGAAUCAUUUGCCACCUGGGUCGUAUACAUGUAGUACUGUACAAGCUAUGAAUCCCGGUUAACUUGCAUUUCGAUCUUUAAGAAUUGUUAAAGCCAUUUCACAAAUGACUGUCGAAUUAUUUCCAAUUGUGACGCUGUACCUAAAGCUCAUAAUAUCUGUAUAUGAGUAAAAACAACUUCGCUUGUUAUGUAAAACAACACCCACCCACCCCCAAAUCCCCAUCACAACAAAGAACUCAACAAGAAAGUAAACGAAAUAAAAAUUAAAAUAACCAUUCAACUGGAUGAUAUUUUUAUGAGUACAACUUGUAGAGAAAUUCAAUACUUUUAGCUCUUUCCUCCACUGUAAUUUACAUAUUAGGUAUUUUGUCUUUCUCGUUUACUUAUUUUUGUAAGGAUAGGUUUUAGGGGAAUGAUUCUUACGCAAAUCAAUAAUGGCCACGUUUAGAGAAUUCAGGUUGACUGAUGGAAAAUGGGCUUGGUGGGAGGGAAAACUAAGGCACAAAUACUAAAGCGACAUUUGUUACUUGUAACAAACUGCUGGAAAACUUUCCAGUAGUAGUAUAUAUUCUAAGCACGAAAGCGCUCGUGUGCGAGUUCAGAAACCCGCGAAAUGUACGUAUUUACGGAAAGUAACGGAAAAUGACGAAAUGUAGAACGUAAAGAAAGAAAUAUAAUACGAAUAUUUUAAUGUAUUGUUGCAAAUAUUUGGGUGAGUGAUUGGAACUUUUGUUGAUAUCAUAUUUUUGUGCGAUACUUAACUGACAUGGGAAGACCUACUGUUUUCAUUGUUUGUGUGACUAUUGAAGGCAGUGCUAAACCUUUUGAUCCAUAUGGAAAGUAUAUUUAACAACAUUGUAUCACAUGCUUCAUUAUUUGUAAAUAUGUUCUCACCGUGUUUGCUACCUCUUUCAUCCGUCAUAUGUUUCUUUAAAUGAUUUAUGAAAUAUGUAAGAUUACGUAGAUUUUAGUUAUGAAAUAUGCAGACGUACUUAGAUGUUGUAGAAUUUACUCCUUUAUACUUUUCUUCAAUAUGUGCAAUGUUGUAUCAAACUUGCCAGUAACAUACAUUAUUGUCAUGAAAAUUCCAUCCACAUUUCGAAGAACUAGAAACUCCUGUUUAUUAGUCUACAUUUUGUAAUAAAAUUGGACGAUAUUGUUUCAAAUGUCA